AUGCCUACUGUGUAUUCCAUGGAUGAAAUGAUCCCUCCAUAUUUUUCAACAUCAAGUACUGAUUAUGAUGAUAAUAAUACAUCACCCUCUUUAAUCGACAUCCACGUAGAUGUCGAGGAAUUAUCCCCUACGCCUGUUCCAGCUACACCAGCUAGUUAUUAUCAUCCAUCGUUAACACAAAGUAGUAAUGUUGAUUUUGUUGCUACCCCCAACUUGUCUUCCUUCUCCCUUUCUCAAAACUCUUCCGUUAUCGCAUUUCCACCAUCUGAAAUCAACAUGUCACAACCAUCAAACAACAACCACCACCCGAGAUUUCGGCCGUCUGUCGUCCUAGCAGCAACAACGGGCUUCAUAUUAAGUAUCAUAAUAACAACUACGUUGUUGGGGGCCCUACUGCUUGUCAUUAACAAGAAAGGAAAAACGAAUAGCAAUAUUUUUCUUGGGUGUGAAAUAACCGUUUCAGUUUCGAAGGAUGGGAGUAAGUCCAACUUCACAACUGUGACCGAUGCAGUAGAAGCAUCCCCAAACUAUAGCCAGCUCAAAGUGUGCAUCCACAUCGGAGAAGGGGAAUACAACGAAAUAGUCAUGAUUGGUCACGAAAAGACCAAUCUCAUUUUGAUUGGAGAAGGAAUUGGGAAGACAACUAUAUCUUCAAAUGCAUCCAACAAAUAUGGAUCACCGGCAGCUGCAACAUUAAGUGUAACUGGGGGUGAGUUCUUGGCUCAAGACAUGACCAUCACAAAUGGAGCACUACAUAAUGGAGUUGCGGUUAAUAACUCGGGCCGAGCUUCGAUCUUUUUCAGGUGUAAACUUGAGGGAGUAGCUGAUGUGACUCUGAGUGUAGGUGGGGAUCUACAAUUCUACCGCGAAUGCCAUUUUUAUGGUAAAGAGAAUCUGAUUGUGGGACUGGCUCGUGCCUUCUUCCAGAAAUGCCAGUUUUACCUUGAGAAAUCACAUCCACAAGGAAAGAUUGUGUUCUCCAGUCAAUCUUCUUAUAUUUUAUCAUACAAAUUUGGCUUCGUAUUUCACCUUUGUGAAUUUUACGUCGUAAAUAAAUCAGAAACGGAAGUAGAAACAGCUUUUAUAGGGAGUUCGUUGGGAAAUUACGCAUUUUACGUAAUUAUGGAGUCGUACUUGGAUCCAGCUGUAACUGGAUACUUCAUCGGUACUCCCCCAAACGUUACCUACUAUGCCACUUUUCGCAACAUAGGACCUGGUGCAUCAAAGGCAAAUGUACCACAUUUUGUUCAUGUACUCGGAAGUGUGGAGGCUGCUUCCCAUUAUUCCUUGAGACGAUUUCUAAACGGAGGUAAUUGGAUAACCAAAGCGGUUGACUACGAUUUAGAUAUAGUGAAUUGA